CAUCGACAAAUCCAAGUGCAAAAUGUGGGUGAAGAAGUAUCACAAUCGUCAUUCAUCACGGUUUUAGGAAGUAUCGCCCCUUCCAAAUUCCAAACUUAAACUUCCCACUCCUUCUGUCUUCUCUUUCUCUGUGGUUGUCGUUUCAAGCUUCACAAGAUGGCAUCGACUCUUACUUCUUCUGCUGCUUCUCCUUUUCUCCAAUUUCCUUCAAACAAGGGAAAAUUGAAACUGAGCAACGCUUUUCUUGGGGGAGAUAAGAGAAUUCCAUCUUUCAAAAUGCAGUCUUUCAGUCGGGUUAGCAUGGUUGCUACCGUCAAUACUUCUCGUUUUGAUGGCAUUUCAAUGGCUCCUCCUGAUCCUAUCUUAGGAGUUUCAGAAGCUUUUAAAGCUGACACAGAUGAAAAGAAGCUUAAUCUUGGUGUUGGAGCCUACCGGACCGAAGAACUUCAGCCUUAUGUUUUGAGUGUUGUAAAGAAGGCUGAGAAUCUUAUGUUAGAGAAAGGAGAAAACAAGGAGUAUUUGCCAAUCGAAGGCUUGGCUGCUUUCAACAAAGCGACUGCCGAAUUGUUAUUUGGAGCUGACAAUGCAGUUUUGAAGGAACAACGGGUUGCAACGGUCCAAAGUCUUUCAGGAACAGGCUCUCUCCGCCUUGCAGCAGCACUCAUCGAACGGUAUUUCCCAGGGGCAAAAGUAUUGAUAUCAUCUCCAACUUGGGGCAAUCACAAAAACAUUUUCAAUGAUGCCAGAGUUCCAUGGUCCGAGUACCGAUAUUAUGAUCCUAAAACCGUUGGUUUGGAUUUUGAAGGGAUGAUAGCAGAUAUUAAGGCGGCUCCCGAAGGAUCGUUUAUUUUGCUCCAUGGUUGUGCACACAACCCCACUGGAAUAGAUCCAACCCCGGAGCAAUGGGAAAAAAUUGCGGACGUCAUUCAGGAGAAGGGCCACUUUCCAUUUUUUGAUGUUGCAUAUCAGGGCUUUGCAAGUGGUAGCCUUGACGAAGAUGCAUCGUCUGUGAGAUUAUUUGCUGCACGUGGUAUGGAAUUGCUGGUGGCUCAAUCGUACAGUAAAAAUCUCGGUCUUUAUGCCGAGAGAAUUGGUGCGAUCAAUGUAGUUUGCUCAUCGGCAGAUGCUGCUGCAAGGGUAAAGAGCCAACUGAAAAGGAUUGCACGGCCUAUGUACUCAAACCCUCCAAUUCACGGAGCUAGGAUCGUUGCCCAUGUCGUGGGAAAUCCUGAAUUCUUCGAUGAAUGGAAAGACGAAAUGGAAAUGAUGGCCGGUAGGAUUAAGAGUGUCAGACAGAAGUUGUAUGACAAUCUCAUUUCAAAAGACAAGAGUGGAAAAGAUUGGUCGUUUAUCCUUCAACAGAUUGGAAUGUUCUCAUUCACUGGCCUAAACAAAGCUCAGAGUGACAAUAUGACUAAUAAGUGGCACAUAUACAUGACAAAGGACGGAAGAAUAUCGCUAGCGGGAUUAUCUGCCGCCAAAUGUGAGUAUCUUGCCGAUGCCAUUAUCGACUCAUACUACAAUGUUAGUUAAAAGAUGUAUUUUUUACAAAGGCGUGGAAAUGAUAAUGCAAAUUUUGGUGUGUUCAUCAUGAUAAUAAUGUACACAACUGUGCUCUUUUCGGGAUGCACUUAGAAUUGUAGCGUUGUUCUCCUACUGUAGUGACUCGGACGACAUUGGUAUACGAUCUUUGUAGUAUUCGAACCAUUUUGUAAUUUCCGAAAUCCAUUGUAAUUGUAUGAAACAACAAAAUACUCCAUUGAUGUGCAUGCGUGACGCCCAUAGUUGGACUUCUUUCGUUA